AUGCAAGUCCUUCUACUAGGUGGCCACGGCAAAGUGGCACUCUACCUCACCCCUCUUCUCCUCAACCGCGCCUGGAACGUCACCAGCGUGGUACGCAACCCCGAUCACGAAAGCGAGAUUCUGGCCCUUGGCAAGGGUCGCAAGGGCAAGCUGAGCGUGCUUGUCUCUAGUCUGGAGGGUAUCAAGAGUGCCAAUGAUGCCCAAAAAAUCCUCGACACGGUCAUCCCCGACUACGUAGUGUGGUCGGCUGGUGCCGGAGGCAAAGGUGGCCCAGCGAGCACCAUCGCCAUUGACCAAGAAGCUGCAAAACACUUCAUGACCGCGUCCUUCGCUUCGCCCAGCGUGACAAAGUUUCUGAUGGUUUCAUAUUUGGGCAGCCGUAAGAAGCAACCUCGCUGGAUGCCGGACGACCAGUGGGCUGGUAUAGUGCGGACGAAUACCGAGGUGCUCCCCACAUAUGCCAAGGCCAAGCAAGAGGCCGAUGAGUACAUGACCGCGUUGGCGGCGCGACGCAAGCAGGACCCUCACGCGACCUCGUUCCAGGCGAUUAACCUACGACCCGGCAUCUUGAAGGAUGACCCGGCGACACGCAAGGAUGUCGCUAUCGUGGCGGAUCAGUUGCUAGCGCGGGCCGAUGCUGAAGGCUGGAUUGAUCUUGUGAAUGGGGAGGAGGACGUGGAGGCCGCUGUGGAGAGGGUUGCGAAGGAAAAGAUUGACGCGGUUGAGGGAGAGGAUGUGGAGGGCAUGGUCAAGCGAUUUUUCUCUUGA